CCCACACCUAAUGCCAUGAAUCAGAGUGGCUCUGUGCAUUAACACGCCGCUACACUUUGAGGUGGAUUUUCUCCAAUAUCCUUCCCCCCACGGUGUGUGCGGAGACACUUUAAGUGGGUGGGUUGUGUGGAUAAAUAGAGCGCUCCCUCCGCUUCAGUGCGCAGAGCUUUGAACCUGACUGGAGGACAACACUGUUGUCUGCCUCUCAACUCGUACGCAAUCUAUUCAGUUUCCCGUUGGAUUCUUCGCUUCAUCUGGAUAAUAUUUUGUGGUUUCUCAUGAGGAGCGUUUGGGAUUCUUACUGAAGAAGAACAUGACUGAUGUCAUUACUGAUGCUUUAAAUUAGUCCACAUUUGUAUUGAUAUUUAAGGCUUUAGGCUUUCACCCCACCCAACACUACUUAUGCACAAACAUUGCGUAAUCAACUAAGAAAUGCUCUUGUCUGUUCAUCAUGAUAUUGGAGCUUUUUUCUCCUCCUGGAUCGAGAUUGUAAAGCGAAAAUGGAAAAAGGCGUGAGAGCGUUUAGGAUGAUGGUGAAGGGUGAUCGACGGAUGCUACUGGCGCUCAGCUGGGUGUUUGUGGUCGUGACACGGGGUCGUGCAGUUUCCAGAUGUGCAGACCAUGCCUGCAGUCCGCCUAUUAGGAACCUGGCUACAAGCAGAGCCCUCACCACUCUCUCGGGCAGCUGCGGGAACACCACCAUACCAUGCCCCCACCCACCCAGUCACAUGACUGAUGACCCUUUCUUGCAUCCAAAUACCUGGUGGGAAUCCAGUGCAGGGACCAUUGUAGAAGCGGGACAUGAUGAGAUCCAUCUGGACCUGGAAACACAGUUCUGUCUGUCCCAUGUGGUUGUGUUGUUCCGCUCACCGCGGCCUGCCGCCAUGGUCGUUGAACGAUCUACUGACUUUGGCAAAUCCUGGGAUGUUCUUAAGGUGUUUGCACACAACUGUAGCAUGGAGUUUGGUUUGCCCGAUGAUUUUAAUCAGCCUGGCUCUUUGUGUACGUCCCGUUACAGCAGUGCUGAACCCUGCAGCGGUGGGGAGGUGAUAUUACGGAUACUGGACCCCGGCAGUGAUAUCAUUCUGGACCCGUACAGUCCAGAAGCUCUUGCAUAUCUGACCCUCACCAACCUCCGAAUUAAACUGCUGAAAGCUCAAACAUGCCCUCCCCUGCGGCAACCCCCAAAGGACAAACCGCAGUCCAUGUUUGAUUCAGAAACACCCGCAGAACAACGAGCCUCAACGAGCACCUAUGCCAUUUAUAAUUUUCUGGCAAAAGGGACUUGUCUGUGUCAUGGACAUGCUGAGUUUUGUAUUCCACUCCACAGCAGCCACAACACACAGCAGGACAGUAACAUGGUGUCUGCUCGGUGCGUGUGUACUCACCACACAGCUGGCUACCACUGUGAGAAGUGUGCGUCGCUCUACAAUGACCGUCCGUGGAGGCCCGCUAACGGCAGCAGCGGAGAUGCAAACCCAUGCCAGAAGUGCGAGUGUCACGGUCACGCAGAUAGCUGUCACUUCUCCCAGAGAGUGUGGCUCUCCACCGGGGGUAUCAGCGGCGGCGUGUGUCAUAACUGCAGACAUAACACCUACGGCCGCAGGUGCCAACGGUGCCGUCGGGGCUACCGCCGUCACCCGACUCUACCCAUCAGCUCUCCACUCACUUGCCAACGCUGCUGGUGUGACCCUCAAGGUUCCUCACGUCCAAGUCCUGGAGAGGAGGGCCAUUGGUGCCACCCUCGCAGUGGACAGUGCAAGUGUAAAUCCGGCGUCGGAGGCACAAGCUGCACGCGCUGUUUGCCCGGGUAUUGGGGCUUUGGAGAGGAAGGGUGCAAAGCCUGUGCUUGCCCUAACAACUGUAAUCCCACCACUGGGCAGUGUCUAAACAGACACCCAAAUAAUCAGGUGUUCAACGUACCAGUGGGUGGAAGAAUCCCUGCUUUGGAGUCUCAUUUCUUUAUGGAUGAAGAGGAGGCACACUGGCCAAAAGAACAGGCCGUAUCUGCACUGCACUCCACAGGGAAGUGCAUCUGUAAGGAGAAAAAGCUGAGAAGUACGUCUGACCUCUGCAAGAUCCGACACGACUAUGUGAUGAAGGCGAGCGUGGUGUCAGCUCACGACAAAGGCAGCCAUGCUGAAGUGCAGGUCAAAGUACGCAAGGUCCUACGAUCAGGUGUGGUGGCACUGAGUUUGGGAACAGUCAGCAUCUUUCCCGUGUCCUGGACCAGUCGUGGGUGCACCUGUCCGAUCCUAAACCCAGGUAUGGAGUACCUUCUUGCAGGACCAGAAGAGGCUUCCACGGGCCGUUUGCUGGUCACUUUGCAGAGUGCGGUGGUCCCCUGGACACCCAGACUGGGCCUUCUCAUAACAGAGGGCCUAAGAAGCGGAUGCUCGUGAUUGACAUAGAAGAGACUCAAAAAGACCACACGGGGAGUUAAAUCACCAGCACUCUAGGUCACUAAACUGGAAAACAGCAAUGCGGACAUGAAAGAAUGAAAUAAAUGUAAUAUUUGC